AUGUCUACUAUUUUCACAGCGACUAUUAUUUUUAUUUUAAUAAUUAUAAAUUCAACUGAAUCUUUCUAUCAAAAAAUGGUAAUUAUUUGGGGAAUACAAGAAGAUAUCGACUUUUGUGAAGCAAUGAACUCCAUGGAAUGGCCUAAGUGUGCACAAAAGUGCUAUGAAACUGAAGAUUGUGUGACAGCAGUGCUGGACACAUCGGGCACUUGUUUCACAUGUAAAUUCAAAGCUGCAUGGACUGUGAAAAAAACCUCACGAGAAGGGAAAACGAAAGUGGCGUUUAAGCUCAAGGCUGAUGAAGGUUCAUGUCCCGAUAUGGAAGACUCUCCUCUAAUAGGCGAUGCAUCUACGACAACUACCGACGCAAAAAUUCAAAAUUACACAAUUACGUUUACCGGGACUCAUUGGGAAUUUGAGAAGUAUUCACUAAAUCGGUGUGAAGCAGACGCUUUUUAUAGAAGACCAAAUGCUGAUAGGUGUCUUACUUUUAUUGAAAAAGCUUCAAUGUCAUACGAUAAGGCUAUAAAUAUUUGCGCUGGUAAUGGGUAUGACAACGGAUUGAGUGGAUUGGCAAGCAAAGAAGAACUGGAGAGGGUUGUUUCUAAACUUCAAACCUGCCGGGUGGAAGAAAACGUUGAGGCGGUCUACGUUAGAAUUGAUGGGCAACGAACCGAAGAGUGCCAAGAGACUCCUACAGCAGGAAAUUGCAUGAGCAUAGACGGAUUCACAAGGCAUGACCAAAGUGUACAAAACUUUGAUGUUUAUCAAUUUAUGACUGAUUCCUCAGCUGGCGCUACAGAAGGCAAACAGUGUAUGGUAGUUGUGGGUGAAAUGGUGAAAACGACGGAAAGAUAG